AUGUCUAUAUUUGAAAAUCAAAUAAUUUAUAAUAAUGAUAAUACAGUUUCAGUUCCCUUUGGACAACAAAUAAUUAAGCUUUGUCACGUUGAAGGUACUGUAGAUUUUCUAGAAUGGGAGUGUAUUGAUAAAAAAAAAUCAACAAAUCGUAUUGAUGACAUUAUAGAACUUACAACUAAAGGGAAAAAAUAUAUUAAAAAAAUUCAAGUUGGUAUUAAAAAGGAUAAAUUAUGUUGGUCUUGGAUUAUGUAUUGUGCUGGAGAUGGAAAUACUUGUCAACAUAUAUGCAGUGGAAUUGAUUUUGAACAAUUUUGUAUUGGAAUUGAUGGAAAAUAUAACCUUAAUAUUGAUCGUGCACCUAUUUUAACUAUGAUUGUAAAAAACAAUAUAGGAUAUGGAACUCCAUUAGUAUUUGGUUUAAGUAAUAAAGAAAAUAAUUGGUCAAUACGUUUAGCAGUAAAUGCAGUUAAACAAAAUAUACCAUAUUGUAACAAUCAAAUAUGGAAUCCAUAUAUAAUGAUUGAUAAACAUAGACCUUCAAAACUUGGAGUAGAGGGAUUAAAUGGAAUAUUCCGCAAUCAUUUAGCCCGAUGUCGAACUGAAGAAACAUCAUUUGAAAUGGCCAGCAUUUAUAAAAAUUUUAUUAACUCUCUUCCAUUAACACAAGAACAAAAACAUUUGAUUAUUAAUGAUUUGGAUAAUAAUUGGAUGUGUAAUGAAUGGCGAUUACAAUUUAUUGAUGCAGGCCGUCUUCCUGAUGCACCUAAUUCAAAUCCAAUGACUACAAAUAAUUACACAGAAAGAAUGAAUCGUACAAUUGAAUCUAAAUUAUCAGGAAAACAAACA